CGUUUUCUCGUUAACCCCCUCAAAUGAGAAGCUAUACUUUAAACAAUUUUAUCGGGCGCUUCCGGCACUGCCGCGAUGGCAUCUAUUUUCAGAUGGGCAAGAACUGUUCUUCAAAGGGCACCAUCGCCGCCCGGGCGUUUUCCGAUAACGGGAAUUGAAUGGAUCAAUGAGGUUCAGCCGUUAAAAGAAGAGCAGUUUGAAGGCUUCAAGCACGGCUUAUACUAGCCUGCGAAUAUUGGAGAUAUAUUUGCGUCGAAGUACCAAGUUGUUGGAAAACUUGGGUAUGGUAUUACGUCUACCGUCUGGUUAGCUUGCGAUCUUCAAUAGGUCUUUCGCAUUGUUCAUUAUGUCGUCCAUAUCUUCUAUAUGAUCUAACAAAUCAGAGCACAUGAUCAUGUUGCUCUAAAGAUAUAUACCCGUGAUGGGAAUCCACAGGAAGAAUUCAAAAUCUAUCAGCUCCUGAAGAAAGGAAAUCAUUGGCACCCGGGUUACUCUCACAUCAGGACCGCCAUAUAAACCUUCGUAAUACCCCGAUCUGGAGGAUAUCACACAAGCCUUGUCAAGAAGCCAAUGUGGGAUAGUUUUAGAGACCUGAGAUAUCCUCUUCCAGAUGGAUUGUUCACCGAGGAACUUCUCAAAAACUCCCUUAAACAACUUCUCUUGGCACUAGACUAUAUACACACCGAGUGUAAACUUGUUCACACAGGUGGUACAAUUUUUGUUAUCUCUAUGGUGUUCACUCCCAGGUUUAAAGUGAUGGCAGCUGAUGGAUGAACUCGUGUUGCUCGACACUUUACUGAUUGCUGUUUGCAGACAUCAAGGCCGACAAUAUUUUUUCUCAAAUAGAAGACAAAUCUAUUCUCGAUGCCUUCACCAAUGCGGAAAUGCGAAACCCUUCUCCCCGAAAAUCAAUCAACGGAGUAACUGUCCAUACUUCACGACAAUUGGAAAUUCCAAAAUUCUUUGGCGACUCCGUUUUGAGUGAUUUCGGUUCAGCGGUGCGGGGCGACGAGAAGAGAAAUCACAAUGCGGGGCCUCAGAUUUAGAGGGUUCGUAUUAUACUGUGUCUUUUUGGGUCUCAGCUUGUAAAUCACGAUUCGAAUGACCAUGUUUAUCUGCUACUAGGCGCCCGAAGUCAUGAUAAAAGCCGCAUGGACCUACCCUGUUGAUAUCUGGAAUGUUGGAGUUAUGGUAUGGGACCUUUUUGAAGGUGAGCAUAUGUUUUAUGGCAAUGAUCCCGAUGGGAAAGGUUACUCGACUCGUGCGCAUUUAGCAGAGGUUAUUGGAAUGCUAGGUCCUCCCCCUCUGGAUCCAGUCAAACGAGACGUGCGUAGUCCCGAAUUUUUUGAUGAAGAAGGUAUGUACUUUAAAGAAUCCUUUGGUCUAAAUCAAAACCCUAACCUAAUCCCCCACGCGUGUAGGGAAAUGGAUAGCUGAGAUACCUAUCAUGGAAGACAAGAGCUUGGAGAAAUCCGAGCUGCGUCUUCGAGGGAAAAAUAAGGAUAUGUUUUUGGAACUUAUGCGAGGAAUGCUUCAAUGGCGUCCCGAGGAUAGAAAGACUGGCAGGGAGCUAAUUGAUGAUCCGUGGCUGACUCAAGUAGUAGAAUGAAUGCUGCAGACGCUGGUGAUGGAUGUUCUUCUGGCUUGUACUUCUGGCUUGUACUUCUGGCUUGUACUUCUGGCUUGUACUUCUGGCUUGUACUUCUGGCUUGUACUUCUGUCUACAUUGACUGUUUAUGGUGGAUGUGGAUGUGUAACCUAUUGAGAACCAUAAUAUUUGUUCGAGAGGUUCUCAGCUGCAAUUCCAAAACAGCAUAGUAAGACUUUACCACUCUGACCAAGGGACAACAAUGAUUAUAUCCUCCAUAC